UUAUAGAAAAUCAUAGUUUCAAAACAGGGUCCAAAGAUCUUUACCCGGUAUUAUUGUGGCAUUAUUUAACAACCCUGCCUAAAGAAACCUGAUAGGCUUUUGCUGUGCUCAUUCAUUUAAAGGAACCUUUCACCUACAUGCACCUACAAGCACCUACAAGCUCGUAAACAUUGCAUGAUAAAUGCGCUAAAGGUUUUGGACGCUACACUGCGAGGAGGUGAAUUUCGAGGUUGUCAGAAGCAACUUUCUAGAACUUCUCCAGACUGUACAAUUUGUAUUUACCAGGUCAUCAAUGAAGAUGCAUCACUCCACCCUUCUUGGUUUGUUCAUCCUGUUUUCUGCUCUGUCAAGCUCUUAUGCUGGUAAAGUUCUGGUCGUCCCUGUGGAUGGGAGCCACUGGAUCAAUAUGAAGGUCCUUAUUGUGGAAUUACAUGCAAAAGGUCACCAUAUCACAGUACUCAGAGGUUCUAGUAGCUGGUAUAUUAAGGAACAGUCUCCUCUCUACACUUCUAUUACUGUAGACACCGGUGAAUUUGACAAUGACUUCAUGGAGAGGUUUCUCCCUAACCUACUUAAAAUGCAGAGACAAGGAAGAUCAUUUUGGAAUGAACUAGCACUUGCUGAUGAAGUUUAUAGGAAAUUUAUGGAGUUUCAUCAGCAAAUAUGCAACAUGACAGCUGCCAUGUUUGAAAAUGAGACCUUGAUGAAUUCUCUGAAAGAUACUGCAUAUGAUCUUGUUCUUACGGAUCCUGCUUUUGGAUCUGGAGUGUUACUGGCGCACCGUCUUGGCCUUCCUCUUGUGCUUAAUGUACGCUGGACUAUGUACGGCGAAGCCCAUUUUGAUAUCGCUCCAUCUCCUCUCUCAUAUAUACCUGUCACAGGGUUACAACUAACUGACAAGAUGACAUUCAGUCAGAGAAUAAGAAACGUGUUGACAUAUAUAAUGGUUCUUUAUAAAAAUUCCAAGUACUUUGGUUCUCCUUACCAAGAGUUCUCUCAGAAGUAUUUUGGCCCCAACGUUGAUUUCUUCUCCAUCCUCCAGAAUGCAGAUAUCUGGCUCAUGAGAAAUGAUUUCACUUUUGAGUUUCCACGACCUACAAUGCCAAAUGUUGUCUACAUGGGCGGCUUCCAGUGCAAGCCAGCUAAGCCACUUCCAGAUGAACUUGAGAAGUUUGUGCAGAGCUCAGGGGAGCAUGGGGUCAUCAUCAUGACUUUAGGAACUGUUUUUGGUCAGCUUCUGAGUGAAAUCAAUGAUGAUAUUGCUGCAGCUUUUGCCCAACUGCCUCAAAAGGUUAUUUGGAGACACACAGGACCAAAACCUGCCAAUCUUGGUAACAAUACUCUGAUUGUGGACUGGCUCCCCCAGAAUGACCUGCUUGGACAUCCUCAAACUAAACUGUUUGUAGCACAUGGAGGCACCAAUGGAGUUCAGGAAGCCAUCUACCAUGGAGUGCCUAUAGUGGGGAUUCCUUUAGCAUUUGACCAGCCUGACAAUCUCUCCAGGAUGCAAGCAAAAGGAACAGCAAAAAUUGUAGAUAUUGCAACUUUGGAUAGGACCGUGUUUCUAGAGGCAUUAAAGGAGGUGUUGCAUAACCCAUCUUACAAGGAGAACAUGCAGAGACUGUCGAAACUGCACCACGACCAGCCAAUGAAACCUCUUGAUCGUGCCGUCUUCUGGAUUGAGUUUGUCAUGAGGAAUAGAGGAGCUCCUCAUUUACAAGCACAAGCUUACAGAAUGUCCUGGAUUGAGUACCACUCUGUAGAUGUUAUUUUGACUUUAUUGAUGACACUUUUGAUAUUUGCAUUUGUGACUGCUUAUAUAAUGAGAUAUUUUUAUAUCUCAUUAUUCAGAAAGAAAGUAAAACAUGAGUGAAGUACUGACUGGAAAUAUCAGUUAAUUUUUGUAUCUCAUUAUUCAGAAAGAAAGUAAAACAUGAGUGAAGUACUGACUGGAAAUAUCAGUUAAUUUUUGAUGUUUCCUUUUAGUUUUUUUAUUUCCUAACAGCAUGUGCUUUCAUGAAUCUUUACGUAUUUAAAAUGUUUUGCUUUUAGUGUAGAACAAUCCAUAGUAUUAAGAAAUACUAUAGCAAAAUAUCAGUCACAGAUAAUACAAGGGCUAAAAUCCAUCUCCUACAUUAUAAUUAAUUUAAUCUUCGUGUUAUGACUCAGCAGAACUGUGAAUGACCUCUAGCUAUUGCUGAAACCUUAACUGACAGGGUACCAUGAGCACAAUACAAUAAAGAGGCAUCUGAUCAUGUGUACGUUAUCACACCUUGACUUUUGUACAUAGUGUGACUGUGUAAAAUCUGUCAGUGAUUUAAACAGUGACUUGCAUAUAUAACAACUAUCCUUAUUUAUUGAAGCUGCUUACAUAUCUUGAUGCCAAGGAAUUAUUUAAUUUUAUUUAAUAUUUCUGAAUAACUGUCCAAUUGUGCACAGUUUAGCCAUUGAAUAGUAGAAAAUAGAAGGUGAAACAUCAUAUUUAACAUUCAAUUCCACUAUAUUUUUAGACAGUAUUGCAGAUUGUCUUUAUCAUUGUAAUUUGUAAAAUACCAUUCAUUCUACAAUACAUUAUUAUAGAUAUUAUUCCUUUUCAUUUAAGGUAAUCAAUAAAGAUGCAUCAUUCCACCCUU